GCAGCUGGAUGUCUUACUGAACCGCUAUGUAGCUGCUGAAGUUCAGCUCCACUCUGUAAUGUUUCGAUAAUGUCCUUCCUUUUUCGUAAACACAUAAACACAACGUUGUGUUUACGCUUUCUUGUUGUUGCUUAGCCUCGCUGUGAGGGUUUGUUUUUGAACGCUUGAUUUUCUGGGAUCUAUUCAAGGGCGACGGCGUUGUUCGCCACUUUUUCUGUAGAACAUGACGGUUCUGGUUUGUAUCUGAGAGGCUAGUGUAAACAGCUAGCAUUUAUUCAGCUGAUUACUUAAUAGUGGCUGAUAUUUAACACGGUGCCGAAUUACUUGGAAUACAUUAAGGGCGUGUAAAACCAGCUAGACACUUAGUUAUCGAGUCUAACUUACAUUAUUGAAGUAAAUAAAGUGUCUAAGCGGGCAGUUAGAUUAAUAAAGUCAAGUUGUGUAUCAUCUAUCAGACGUGAUGUGGGAUGAUGGAGUCGUUUGGAUAGCGCGUUAGCUAGGUAGCUAGCCUGCUAGCUCUGUUUCCAUUCGCAAGAGGCGAAGUUGCAACAUUAACGCCGACUGCACAACGAAUAAAAAGGCUGAACAGCUGACAGGCGGGAUGAAGGAAGAGAACUUGUUUCGUCGGCGCUUUUCUUUGUGUCCCACAACCACCACUUCACCCAAAAUUGAUCCACAAGGGCUCGCCCGGAACCUGUCCUACGGAGGGGACAAUGAUGUGGAACCAGUCAGUCCAGGCAGUGAAUCCGAGAGGAAUGGUUUGCUUUUGAAAGAUGAAGUCAGUCCAGGCCAAUCUCCUAGCAGUGCUUCAGAAUCAAAGAUGUUCAUAGGUUUGGAGAAGGAGAGCUCCUUACUCACCGAGAAGCUGGCCAGGAAGGAAUCUUUAAAGGUUCAGAAAAAGAAUUACCGCCAGGAAAAAAAGAGAGCAGCCAAAGAGUUGUUCACCGCUCUCAAGGACCCCAGCGAGGUUAUAAUGUCAAACUGGUUAAAGAUCCGUGGAUCACUUAAAAGUUGGACCAAGCUGUGGUGUGCACUAAAGCCUGGAGUUCUCCUGAUCUAUAAAACCCCAAGCUCAGAGCACUGGGUGGGGACCAUCAUACUGAACGCCUGCAAGCUGAUUGAACGGCCCUCGAAGAAAGACGGCUUCUGUUUCAAACUCUAUCACCCGUUAGAGAAGUCCAUCUGGGCUAUGAAGGGUCCUAAAGGAGAGACGGUUGGCUCCAUCACACAGCCUCUUCCCAGCAAUUACCUGAUCUUUAGAGCUGCAUCUGAGUCUGAUGGCCGUUGUUGGAUGGAUGCACUGGAGUUAGCACUCAGCUGUUCCAGCUUGUAUAAGCUAACUGCUAAGAGCUGCAGGGACGGAGACCUGAGCAGCUCCUCUGAGUCCUCCCAUAUUCUCCAGCUCCUACAGUCCACUGCCCUGAGUGACCAGGAACUGCUACAGUUGAAUGACUCCAUGCUUGAAAACAACCAGAUGGAGAACGAGUCAGAGAGAGAGGUCCACGAGGACUCAGAUAAUGCAGCUAAUGAAAACGGAGGGAGAUUAACUGAGGAGAGUGAUUUGGACCAAUCAGAUGACCUUUUGCCUUGCCUUCAGGCGACAGUCUAUGUUGAACAAAGCCAUGAGGAGAUGGGAGAGGCUGGUGAAGCAUCUCAGGUGGAGACAGUGUCAGAAGAAAAUAAAAGCUUAAUCUGGACACUAUUAAAGCAGCUGAGGCCUGGAAUGGAUCUGUCAAAGGUGGUCUUGCCGACCUUCAUCCUGGAAGCGCGCUCAUUCUUGGACAAACUGUCUGAUUAUUACUACCAUGCCAACCUGCUGUCCCAGGCAGUCACAGAGGAAAACCCAUACUGCAGGAUAAAGCAAGUCUUACGCUGGUAUCUGUCAGGCUUUUACAAGAAACCCAAGGGUCUGAAAAAGCCAUACAACCCAAUCUUAGGUGAGACAUUCCGCUGCUGUUGGCUUCACCCUCAGACUGAGAGUUGCACCUUUUACAUGUCUGAGCAGGUAUCCCAUCACCCACCUAUUUCGGCCUUCUAUGUCAGCAAUAAGAAGGAUGGAUUUUGCAUCACCGGCAGCAUUCUGGCAAAGUCUAAGUUUUAUGGGAAUUCUCUUUCUGCAAUACUGGAUGGGAAGGCCCGCCUGUUAUUGCUGACUCGUGAUGAGGAAUAUGUUAUUACUAUGCCAUACGCUCACUGUAAAGGUAUUUUGUAUGGUACGAUGACUCUGGAGCUUGGAGGGAAGAUAACUAUUGAGUGUGAGAAAACUAAUUAUUUGGCUGAAAUCGAAUUUAAGUUGAAGCCUUUCCUUGGCAGCUCAUGUAACGUUAAUCAAAUUUCGGGGAAGAUCCGGACAGGGGACGAUGUGCUGGCCACAGUGGAAGGACACUGGGAUGGUGAGGUGCUUCUCUGUGAGAAAAAAACUGGCCACCAGGAGGUGCUGUGGAACCCCACGCCAGAGAUCCGCAGUCAGAGGCUAAAGAGACAAGUAGUCAAAUUUGACCAGCAGGGUCCCUUUGAGUCUGAGAGGCUCUGGCAGCAGGUGACCAUUGCCAUUAAUGCCAAGGACCAGAACAAAGCUACGCAGGAGAAAUUUGUUCUGGAGGAGGCGCAAAGACAAGAGGCACGACAGCGAGGAGACCGGCCCCGGAACCCGCGGCUCUUUACUCUGAACCCCAACACCAAUGAGUGGCAGUACAAGCACAUAGACACAAAACCAUGGGAUCCUGACUGCUGCUUGUUACAGUUUGAGAAAGAUGGGAUUGUCCAGACCAAAGAGAAGAGAAGACGCCAACACAAUGGCUUUACCUACAGACAAAACUGGAGCAGCCAGCAAAAGGCCCAGAUGCAUGGGAAGCACAGGAAGUCGAGCAGUCAGCCAUCCAGCUGCAGUCAAAACACAGAAAGCAGCAGCAGCACACCAGAGCCGACACACGAGUCCUCCGACAAUGAAGGUUUUGGGAGCCAGUGUACGAGGUGUAAAAAGGACAUGAAGGAUCUUGCUCUUAUAGAGGCUUCUAUAGUUUCCAUACAGAAAUCGCAGCAAGACAUUCAGAAAAACCUUGGUAUGUUGAGUCGUGAGCUGACACGCCAGACGGAGGGCAGUAUGUUAAUGAGCGGUCGUCCCUGCCUCAUCCUCUGUUUUCUGCUGCUUUUUCAGCUCCUCAUCAACUAUGUUUUUACCUAAAAAAAAAAACAUCACCUAGUUGCUUAGAGACCAUCACAUUGCAACUGUUGCCUAGCAAUAAGCACAGCCACCCUCCCCCCCACUACACAGCGUGUGAAUGACUGUAGCUCCACCAUGCAACCAGCACUUGAAAAGCACUAAGAGAAAGACUCUUUUUAACCAAUGAAUGGAUCUAAGUGUAAAUGUUGACAUGUUACUCUUGCUUAUUAAUGUCCGACACAUUUUAUACGCUUUUUUCAAUACUAUUGUUGUGUUUUUGGUCACAGUUAGGCUCCAUGGGCAGCUAGGGGUGUGAAUGAGUGAGUAAAUGAUUGUGAGUGAUGCAUGUAUGAAUCCAUUUGUUUGUCUUAGUCCAUCUAAGAUAUCGGGCCUUAAUGCUGAAGCCAAAUAGUGAAGGAAAAUAGAAGAAAUUCUGAUUAGUCUGUGGAAGAACACCCAUCAAUGCUGUUCUGUCUGCUGUUCCAACGCAACAUAGCUCCUUGUAAUAAUUUUACCAAAACAGUAUUUCUCUGUUAGAAGAAAAGCUGUUUACGUACGUUUGUUUUCUGUACUCUGUGCACCUAAAAGAAAAGUAAAAUGCACUGUUGCCAAAUGAUACAAAUUGUAUGGAUGAAGGAAUGAAUAAAUAUUAUACAGCAUGAAACUACAAUGAACAAUCAGCCAUAGGCCAGACAAUUUCAUGACUCCACUGUAGCCAAUAGGUUGGUCAUUUUAACCUUACUGGUUACAUACAUGCUUGGUUUAUUUUGGCCAUGAAUUGUGAAGUGGAAUGCGGAAUAUAGUAAAAAUGGAUCUAUGAUCAAAUCUGUGGGUGUGUGUAUGUGUGUGUGUGUGUUUGGAACUCUAAUGCUAUUGUAAUCAAAAUGUAUUUAUUUGAUUUUGAGGUUUUUUAAAUUAUGCUAUUUUAAAAAUUCACACUCAUAUUCAGGUUAUCUGGGAGCAAUAUAGUCAUUGUUCUUCCACAACAUCUGGGAAUUGUCUGCCUGCAUUGUACAUACAUCAGAUAAACUGUAGAGCCCUGUUGUGAUUUGACUUGAAGCACAGCACUCACUAGUUGUUCAACAAACGCAUGUUUGAAGACAUCAUACGGCUCUGGAAGGCAGGAGUGUUAGGACAGACUGCUAUAAAUGCUUUCUUUUCUGUAUUUUUAAAUGGAAGAAAAUACCAGUAGCUUAUUGAAUGUGGACCCUUAUUACAUAUUGCAGCACUGCAGUAAACUUUUGAAUUUUCA